AUGCUCUCCAUUGUCUCUCGGCGCGUCUCCUCCCGCCGCGGGCCAAGGACGGCAUCGUCCAUGCUGGGCUCGGCUCGAGCAGUUGGUUCCGUCGCGCACUCCCAGGCCCGGGUUGCCGACAUCAGCAACCCACUCAGCUCCGCCGCCGGCUCUAUUGCGCCACUUUUUGAUACGAUGCCCCCUCGUGAGGCUGCCUCGACGGCCCGCCCGGUUGUGAGCGCUCUGCCGUACGACCGCGACGAGUUCUGGCGCAGAGUGCCGGUGUGGGAGAACAUCUCGGCCAAAGACUUUCUCUCAUAUCGCUGGAAUCUUUACAGCUUCCUAGAAGCCGUCCUUCCGGAAGAGGUGUCAUAUGACAAGGCCGGCACCCGCUUGCAGACCCGCGCCGAGUUCAUCCAGGAUGUUGACGCUGGCAUAACCGCUGCCACCAUGGCCACUAGGACGACCCCGUACAUUCUGAGCCGCAUCAACUGGCGAGACCCACGACACGACCCUAUCCGCCGCCAAUUCCUGCCUCUCAAGUCGGCCAUGAUGCCGGACCACCCAAAACUGACACUCGAUUCACUCCACGAAGAAGCCGACUCGCCGGUCAAGGGUCUUGUCCAUCGCUACCCGGACAAGGCGCUGUUUCUUCCAACCUCGGCAUGUCCAACGUAUUGCAUGUUCUGCACGCGCUCGUACGCCGUAGGGGCAGACACCGAGACUGUGACCAAGUCGUCGCUGAAACCAGGCCGGAGACGCUGGGAGGCGUGCUUCGCCUACAUGGAGAGCCAGCCGAGCCUGCAGGACAUCGUCGUGUCGGGGGGCGAUGCCUACUACCUGGACCCGGACCAUAUCCGGGAGAUUGGUGAGCGACUGAUCGGCAUGCCCAACAUCAAGCGCUUCCGGUUCGCUUCCAAGGGGCUCGCGGUUGCGCCGGCCCGCGUGCUCGACGAGUCGGACGGCUGGGUCAAUGCUCUGAUCGAUAUCUCGAACAAGGCCAAGCGCGCGGGCAAGGCCAUGGCCUGGCACACCCACUUCAACCACCCGAACGAGAUCUCGUGGAUCACGUCGGCCGCCAGCCAGAAGCUGUUCGAGGAGGGCGUCAUGGUGCGCAACCAGACGGUCCUGCUCCGAGGGGUGAACGACGACCUGCAGACCAUGGCGACCCUCAUCCGCAAGCUUGCUGACAACAAGAUAUUCCCGUACUACGUCUAUCAGUGCGACAUGGUCAAGAGCGUCGAGCAUCUGCGGACGCCGCUGCAGACCAUCCUGGACCUCGAGGCACAGAUCCGUGGUUCUGUGGCCGGCUUCAUGAUGCCGCAGUUCGUCGUCGACCUCCCGGGCGGAGGCGGAAAGCGCCUGGCGUGCUCCUUCGAGUCCUACGACCGGAGCACGGGGAUCUCCAAGUACACUGCCCCCGCCGUCACUGGACGCGACAAGGAGAACAAGGUGUACGAGUACUAUGACCCAAUCGACUCGCUGCCUGUGCGCACGACCUCAUCAGACCGGGGGAGGUGA